AUGAGGAACUUUACCGUGAUUCUAUGCAGUGUAAGCUGGAUCUGCGUCUCACUUUCUGAGUCUCAGACUGUGGAGGUUCAGUCAGGUGAAGAAGUCACACUGCUGUGCUCCAACUUUUCAAGUUCUCCCACUCAGGUAUUUUGGUUCAGAGUGGUCAGGAGAUCCCAGCCCCACUGUGUCUCCUUCAUGUUCAAGCCUCAUGAGCCUGCUUCACUCUGUGAUGGAUUUCAAAAUGGAAAUUUUGAAAUGAGCGCCAACAUCUCCACAGUUUUUCUCAAAAUCAAACAAGUAAAUUCAUCUGACUCUGGGCUGUAUUUCUGUGGCUAUUACGUAAGCAAAAAACCAGUUAUUGUGGAUGCAACAUAUUUAGAUGUUCAAGAGUUUGAUGGAACAACAAAGUUGACGAGUGUGAUCCUGGGAGGUCUGAUUAUUUUCCUCAUUAUGGUCAUCAUUUGUCUGGCUGUUAAAAUCAGAAAGCUUCACAAAGCUCAUGUUGAAGAACAGAAUCCACAACAGACAGAGAAUGUGGGCUCUGAUGACCUGAACUACGCAGCAGUGACAUUUCGAACAACAAGAGCAAAAAGAAGAGAGCUGGAGCCAAAUGUUGUUUAUGCUAUUGGGGACACCACGACCAAUGCCAGGCCAUCAACAAAAGCACAUGGCUGGAUCUCUGUCUCAGUUUCUGAGACUGUGGACGUCCAGUCUGGUGAAGACGUCACACUGCAGUGCUCCAACAUGGUCAAACGUGAAUCUGUGACAUUGUGGUUCAGACUGGUGAAAAAAACCAAGGCCAGCUGUAUCUCUGUUAUGUUCCGUGCUGACGAGGACGCUGAAUACUGCGAGGGAUUUCAAAAUGGAAAAUUUAAAAUGAGAUCCGACAGCUCCACCACCUCUCUCAGAAUCAAACAGAUGGAUUUAUCUGACUCUGGACUGUAUUUCUGUGGAUUUUACACAGAGGGACGUCUGUUUUUCAGUGUUAUACAUUUAAAUGUUAAAGGCAGUGAUGAUGUGGACUACAUUACAGAAGAGUCUGAUGGAAAAGCAAACCUGUCGAGUGUGAUCCUGGGCGCUCUGACUGUUGUCCUUGUGAUGGUCAACAUUGGUCUGGUUGUGAAAAACAGGAAACUUCAGACAGCUGCCAGGGAAGGACAGAAUCCACAACAGCUUGAGACUCUGGGCUCUGAUGGCCUGAAAGAUGCAGCACUGGCUUUGUGCUUGCCAACAGUGAGGAACAGGAGGCCUGCAUCACAGAGAGAAGUGGAGACUCAUGUUAUUUAUGCUGCCCGCAGAUAGACUCAGAGAGGAACUGAUGCUUUUAUCACAUUAAUCUGCUACUGUGUUCUUUUGAGGCUGGAUGGGAGGAGUUAUCAUUUUCUUAAUGGAAAAAAAGUCAAAGAAAAUAGUAAAUAUGUAUUUUUUUUCAUAGCUCUCAGUCUGUUUUGCAAAUAUUAUCUGAUUUGGUAACUGUGUUACAUGCCUGAAUUAAAAAUGAAAUAUA